GCAGCUAGCAAGGGUUUACGCGCCUGUCAUUUCGCUACGUGUAGAGUCGUCACUUUACGUAGUUUUCAUCCUCCACCGCUACUAGCGUACGAAGAAAGUCCAGGCGCUCCGCCUCCGCUGUAAACUUAUAGGCCAGUGAACAAUGCCUGAUUUGUCCAUGACAGAAGCGAUUGGCUUGACGAAGGAUUGUUGCUUAUAUAGCCGCCAGUCCACCCAUUUUCGCUUUCUUUGGCGUAAAUUAUGAGAGUGCGUGUCCGUGGAACAACAUCAUUGGGUAGAGUCCCAGUCAAUCAAAAUGACAGGCAGAUCCAGGCAGGCGAUUGGCUAGAUCGCCCGUCACGCACGGCUGUUUGCGCCAACCGUCGCGCGGCUUGUUCGUGCAGCGCUCAGAGGCAGGAGGAGGGCCGUGGCGGAAAAGCGUAAUUUGUGUCUUUGUAAUGGAGAAGUGAUGGUAUCCAUUCAUUUCUGAGUGCUGCUCCUGUUUAUUUUUAGCCGCCGUAGGAAGGAAACCUGGAAAAUACCGCAGGAGGAGUUGGACGGCCGACGCGAACGGGAGGAGGAUGAAGCGGCGCAAUGCGGACUGCAGCAAACUUCGACGGCCGUUAAAACGGAACCGGAUCGCCGAGGGUAUCUACGGGAGCACCUUCCUGUACCUGAAGUUCCUGCUCGUCUGGGCCCUGGUGCUGCUUGCUGACUUUGUGCUCGAGUUCCGCUUUGAGUACCUCUGGCCCUUCUGGCUCUUCAUCCGCAGCGUUUACGAUUCCUUCAGAUACCAGGGGCUGGCGUUCUCCGUCUUCUUUGUGUGCGUGGCCUUCACAUCGGACAUCAUCUGCCUGCUUUUCAUCCCCAUCCAAUGGCUCUUCUUCGCUGCCAGCACCUACGUCUGGGUGCAGUACGUGUGGCACACAGAGCGAGGAGUGUGUCUCCCCACAGUGUCUCUCUGGAUACUCUUUGUGUACAUAGAGGCAGCCAUCAGGUUCAAGGAUCUGAAGAACUUCCACGUUGACCUGUGCCGCCCAUUUGCUGCACACUGCAUCGGCUACCCAGUGGUGACGCUGGGCUUUGGCUUCAAGAGCUACGUGAGUUACAAGAUGCGCCUGCGCAAGCAGAAGGAGGUGCAGAAGGAGAAUGAGUUCUAUAUGCAGCUCCUGCAGCAGGCACUUCCCCCUGAGCAGCAGCUUCUCCAGAGGCAGGAGCGUGAGGCUGAGGAAGCUGCGGCUGCCAGAGGCGUCUCAGAGGCGGACGCUGCGGCCGUGUUACAGAAUGGCGGUCCUGUAGGCAAGAGGGUCCCGCCGGCACUGCCGGAGCUGGAGUACAGAGAGAGGGGGAAGGAGGCAAGGGACAGCAGGAGGCAGGCGACCCUGGCAGUGGCCAACAACAUCCUGCCCUCGGUGGACUCCAGACUGCAGGAGGUGGAGUACAUGGAGAACCACGUCAGUGGGAGGAGGAUCAAUAGUGAGCUGGCAAGCAGCACGGAGAACCUGCUCCUCAAGGAGGAGGCUGCAGACACCUCCAGGAACUGCAAGAAUUCCAGCAUGGGGGUGGCCAACUCCUCACCCCGUGGCCACAGCGCCACCAAUGGAAGCGUGCCCUUGUCAGCACCUUGUUCCUCUGUCACAGCCUCCUCUUCCUCUAACAAGAGUGAGAAGAAGAAGUGUGUGGCGGGGAAGGGACUGCUGACGGUCUCCCACAGGGACCCCACAGAAAAUUGCAUUCCCAACAACCAGCUCAGCAAGCCGGACGCACUUGUACGGCUGGAGCAGGACGUAAAGAAGCUGAAGGCAGAGCUGCAGGCGAGCCGGCAGUCGGAGCAGGAGUUGCGCAGUCAGAUCAGCUCCCUGAGCAGCACGGAGAGGAGCAUCCGCUCAGAGCUGAGCCAGCUGCGGCAGGACAACGAGCUGCUGCAAAGCAAGCUUCACAGCGCUGUCCAGGCCAAGCAGAAGGACAAGCAGGCCAUGGGUCAGCUGGAGAAGAGGCUGAAGGCUGAGCAGGAGGCACGCGCUGCUGCUGAAAAGCAGCUGGUUGAAGAAAAGAAGCGCAAGAAACUGGAGGAGGCGACAGCGGCACGGGCGGUGGCACUGGCCGCUGCCUCCAGGGGGGAGUGCACAGAGACACUGAGGAGUCGUGUGCGUGAGCUGGAGUCCGACUGCAAGAAGCUCAACAUCGACCUGAAGCUCAAGGAGGAGCAGAUCCGAGACAUGGAGAUGAAGGUGCAGGAGCUGCGCAAGUACAAGGAGAACGAGAAGGACACAGAGGUGCUCAUGUCGGCGCUGUCCGCCAUGCAGGACAAGACGCAGCACCUGGAGAACAGCCUGAGCGCCGAGACACGCAUCAAGUUGGACCUCUUCUCUGCGCUAGGGGAUGCUAAGAGGCAGCUGGAGAUCGCACAAGGCCAGAUCUUGCAGAAGGACCAGGAGAUCAAAGAGCUGAAGCAGAAGAUAGCCGAGGUGAUGGCGGUCAUGCCCAGUCUGGCGUACACGGCGGACACCAACAACAUGACCCCUGUGACCCCACAUUACUCCUCCAAAUUCAUGGACACAAGCCCCUCGGCUCUGGACCCCAACGCCUCCGUGUACCAGCCGCUGAAGAAGUGAAGCUGCUCCCUUUGUUUAUGUGGACCUGGUACGAGAUUCACGCAGGCGCUGAGGAAGAGUGUGUUCCCCCCCCGGUCAAGAUGACGUUGUAUUGUGUGAUUGUAUUUGUCGUAGGUAAAGCAAAAGACAAAAAAAAAAAAAGACUUUUUAAAAAGGGACAUCACAUGUUGACUAGGGUUGACCAGUAUCUUUUUUUUUUUUUUUUUUUCUUUUCUCCUAUUGUAAAUGUUUAGAAAACCUCACAGAAUGUGACCUGUUUUUUUCACUGGACACACGUACACACAGGCGUGCACACAGUGCUGGGCUUUUUUUUUUUUUUUGAGA